UUCAAUGGUGAAGUGAAACAUACAAAAGUGGAGCAAGCCCCGGAUGGACGCUAUUAUCUCGAUGAAAGUACAAUGUUUGCAACAGUUGUGGAACUCGUCAAUUACUACCGAGAUCACAACUUGCGAGAAUCGUUCGAAACAUUAAACACAUGCUUGAAUGAGGCAUUCAUUCCAAAACCUGUUUAUAUUGCAAUACACAAUUUUGAGGCGACCGAAGCAAAUCUACUGUCAUUGGAAGUUGGCCAACGUGUGUAUGUUAUCAACAGGGCUGGUGAAAGUCGAGGAUGGUGGAAAGGUCGAAGUGGAAGUCGAGUAAGUUAA